GACUACAAGCCAGACGAGGACCCUGCCAAGUUCAAGUCAGUUAAGACCGGCAGAGGACCCCUUGGGCCCUCCUGGAAGAAAGAGCUGGUUAGUAAGACUGACUGCCCAAGGAUGUGUGCCUACAAACUGGUCACAGUCAAGUUCAAGUGGUGGGGCCUGCAGACCAAAGUGGAGAACUUCAUCCAUGAGCAAGAGAAGAGGAUCUUCAACAACUUCCACCGCCAGCUCUUCUGUUGGAUUGAUAAGUGGGUGGAGCUGACUAUGGAUGAUAUCCGGCGGAUGGAGGCAGAGACGCAGAAGGAGCUGGAUGAGAUGCGUAAGAAGGGCUCUGUGCGAGGCACAAAGGCUGCAGACGAGUAGCCAGGCCAGGUGUAGCUCUGAGUUUUGCUGUCUUCGCAAACGGGGUGAAGUACGAGGAACCAGUGCUGCAGACGAAUGAAAAGGCAAAGGAUUUUAAACACCACGAUGACAACAGCGAUGGAGACUGCUAAGAGGGAUCCUUCGGUGCCACUUUUUUUUUUUUUUUUUACCUGAACUGAUUCAGGCUGUGGAGGAGGGGGCUCUGCUACCUGCAAUCAAUAGAGCAGAUCCCUGACUUGCACCCAAUCAUAGACAUUCUAUACACUGAGGAAUUGAUUUCUAGAAACCAACACGAUCCUAGCUGAUAAGACUUAAUUUUGAUCUCCUGGGCAGAGGAAGGCUAGCUAUCAGCAUCAUGUUAUUGACAACACCUAGCCUUCUGGAGAGAUAUGAAGAGGAGCUACUUGCAGUAGAGAAUUUCUUACAAAAGCAAAUUCAUUGGCUUGAUUCCACAGUGGCAGGUGUUGGACCAAAUAUUUCCUCUGUAUUAUUUUGAUUUUCUUUUUUUUUUUUUUUUUUUAAAUGUUGUCUCCAAAACAUUCCUCUAAAGAUGAUGCCCUCUCUGACCUCUCUUUGUCUCCUCUUUGGUUUUAACUGUACACACUGUGGCUCUGUGGUUUGCAUUCCCCGGCAUGAGUCUGUCUGUUUGUCAUACUCGUGUUCCUUCCUGCCACAGCCUCCAUUAAGAGAUUACUAACACUCUUGGCGCCUUGGCCUAUUGUAAUCCCCCCUCCACCCCCCCUCAUCACCCCACCUUACCCAAAGCACUGCAUCUUAUUAACACUGACAAUCAUGCCCGUACAGGUAUUCACUCUCAUGUAGAAUUAAUAGAAAACCCACACACAUGCAUGUGCCACAUAUACAUCGUGCGCAUAAAGAUAAACAUGUGAAAUCAUUCUCACACGUACACGCACUCACAGGUGUGGAUGCCUUUGCGGUGACUGAUCUCUUAAAAGCAUGCUGGGCAGAUCCAUGCAAGCUUGUUCAGCUAAAGGAUGUUACUUUGGAAGUGUUUACAGCUAUCACAGAUUUUUUUUUUUUUUUUUUCUUUCUCCCUCCACGCACUCCCUAUUCCGAAGACAUUCACACAUAACAUACAACACAGCAUUCACCUCCCUAACAGAUGUCCCCAGAGAAACACUGCACUGAAAAACAGCCACAGAUGGUGCUACACCCCUCCAGCCUCUGUCACAAGCCAAACUGCACCGCACUGCUCGCCCCACCUCACCCAGCCCACCCUAGAGGCCUGUUUCGCUCAUCUGGUUCUCCGAGGUAGACUGUUUCCAAAAUGCCUCUUCUGCAUCAUUCUAGGUGUGUUUACAGAUUCAGAACAGCCUUACCAGUGCCCAGCCAACACCAGCACCACACACUGCUUGCCUUAAUCUCCGGACCUUUGUACCUAUUGGACCUAUUAUACCUAUUGUACCUCUGCUGCCAGCUAUUGCUCUAGCUACCUCCCUUGUUUCUGACUGGCAAUUUUCCUGACACCUGAAGGUUAGCGCUAGCUAUUAGCUACUACUUGUUAGGAGUAAAUCAUGACAGACAGAGCUUUAUGAGCAAAGUUGUUUGUGAUGACUCUUCCCUUGUUUCCUGAUGUGUGUCACAGCGCCUGCGCAAGUGCAAUUCCUUCAGCAAGCAAAAAUGUGUACGUUGCUGCCGGAACAAAGGGCUGCAGAUUUACAUCUUUGCCUCAGAUCAGCCGUUUGAUGGAUAUGCCAUAUUAAUGACUUUUCAACUCCGUAGUGCACUUUCUUGCCUUAGGCUUCAGAAUCAUGUGGCACUGGCCUACUGUGUUACUCACUAGUGUUACAUACAUAUAUAUAGAUUGGUUUCCUCAUUUGAUCCUCACUGGUGUUCUUUUGAGUUUUUGUGUUUUUUUUGUGGUGUGUCAAUGUCUUAAAUUGGGGGUUUGUUUUUAAAGAUCAAUUUGCAUAUUUUUCCUUAAAGACGUAGCUGUAAUGAAAUACUCUGGGUUUAAAGAUCCCAAUGUUUUUAUUUUCAGAGGGAAUGUGAUCACUUCCUCAGUAAUGGGUUAUUGGCUUGUCCAAAGAGUGUGAAUGGAUUUCUGAUAUGUUUACAUGAAUUCAGUUAUGGUAAUAUAGGAACAUUUGAAAUUGUCUGAGGCAACGGUUUUCAUAACAAGGUUUUCUCAGGUGAACAAUACACAACACACAGGAUCUUUUUGAUAGUGUUACUCAUCAGUUGCCCCAAACACUUCCUUUUGCCAUUCCAUAUCUUUUGUCUGUCGGGAAUUUGGUAAUACAGUUUUAACACAACGGGAAGUGGUUGUAUUGUAGCCUGUUCUGUUCUAGCGCAGUACAUGAGGCAGCCAGUUGCUCUUUGUUGUUGUACUGGAUUUGUAUGCGUAUGUCUCGAAGAGUGAAAAGUGUGAAACAAUUUGUCCUCAGUGUAAUCAAUCUCUCCAAGUCUAUCUCAAUGAUUCCUGCUGUCUGUUAAAUAGAGAAGCCAGUAGCUAAAGAGAACAACUUAAAUCAAUGGUUUACCAUCUGUCAAGACGAUGCGGGGGAGAGGAAGUAUUCACUAAGCAACUGUACAGUCUUAUCCUAAUUUAUGAAAUCUACAACUGUUAAUUUCUGAACCGCUUGCUCUUAAAUGUUUCUGAUCAGUUUUUGAAAUUCAGGGGACAUGGUAGUGAAUGUAUUACAUUUUGUGCCUUUUCUUUCUGUUGAUCUUUUUGUGUGCCAUUAAGUCUACAUAUUGUACCUAAAUAUCAAAUAAAUUUUGUCUGGAA